UGGUAGCAGAAAUCAUGUGAUUAUGUGACGCUUCCUGGAGAAGCUUUACUUUCACGUAUCACUUUUGCUCUUCGUGAGAAUAUUUACCAGCAGCAAACAUCAACAGCGUGCUUUUUUUGCGGACAUGGCUGACGGUGAGCGAUCGCCUUUGCUGUCGGACAGUCGCGAUGGAAUGAGCGGGCUGUCACCGGUUGAUGAGACCUACCGACCGCUGACCAAACCACAGAAUUUCCCAGCAGCGCCGUCAGCUCCUCCCUCGUUGAUGCUGGGAGAGGCUCCUCCACCGUACUCCCCGCUGGGCUCUCCGGAGAGCGGCAGUGCUUCUGUCAUUGGCUGCAGAGUGUGUCAGUCGCUUAUUAGUGUGGAGGGCAAAAUCCACCAGCAUGUGGUCAAAUGCGGAGUCUGCAAUGAGGCUACACCCAUAAAGAAUGCUCCAGCAGGAAAGAAGUAUGUGAGGUGUCCGUGUAACUGUCUUCUCAUCUGCAAAGUUACCUCGCAGAGGAUCGCCUGCCCUCGACCUUACUGUAAGCGAAUUAUCAAUUUAGGUCCAGUUCAUCUGGGCGCAGAAAGUCCGAAUCCUCAGCCUAGCGGUGCCAGAGUUUCCUGCGGCCACUGUGCUAACACUUUUCUGUGGACAGAAUUUACAGAUCGGACAUUGGCUCGGUGUCCACACUGCAGAAAAGUCUCAUCGAUCGGCCAGAGGUACCCUAGAAAGCGGAGUUUGAGAUGCUUCAUGUUGUGUUUGAUCUUCAUCAUAGCGACUGCGGGAUUGAUUGCUGGUACGUGGUUGAAUGCACAGACGUAUAAGGGGAUUUAUGUAUCCUGGGUAUUCUUCAUUCUCUUUGUGCUAAUCACUUUGAUCAGAGCUCUACAUUGGGCCUGCAUGAAAAUCAGUGAACCACUGCACAACUACUCAUAGAAGAAAGCAAUGGGGAGCAGGAGGUCGAGUCCAAGAAUGAGUCCAAGUGAAAAAGAAAACUGAGCCAAAAGGAAGGUUAAUGGAGAGAUGCUCUGUCUAAAUGGGUGAAGAACUCUCAGUAAAAAUCCACAUUUCCCCCUAAGUUCAAUAGGCAAAAAAAAAAACAUAAUUAUGAUUCUAGAUAAUUAAUUCAAUUAUUAUUUUAAUUCCUUUAGGGGUAAAAGUAUAACCCACUUUUCACCCAAAUAAUUUAAAUGUCAAACCCAAUCUAUCCACAUUCCUAAUUGGAACCCGCUUUCUAAACAAUGCACACUUUAGUAUUUCUGCAUUGUCAGUAGGACAAGAACUUCUAGUUUAGUUGCAGAAUCAGUAUCUGCUGAAAGAGGCUUUUUUAGCCCUAUGAAUUGACUCUGACAUCAUUGUGGUUUCACACAUAAAUACAGAAGCAUUAUAGUUAGAAUGAGACCGUGGUUGAAUUGCUGACAGAACUCGUAAGUGCCUCACAUGACGGUGUGCUCUGUUGUUAAUAGCCAGUGACAUUUAUAAUUAAAGCCAUUUAUAAUUAAAGCAAAUAUUGUCAUAUAUAUAGAGGAACUGCAGAUUAUAGCUUUAUUGAAAGUUGUAGGGUAUGAAUAAGAAAAAAGGAAAUGAAAACACGCCGAAGCAUUUGGAAGGUUUGGGGAAAAGCAAAAGCAGAUCUAUUCUUUAGAAAGUGCAUUUCAAUAUCACAAAUUAUUGGAAUGUGCUAUAGAUUGAAUCAUAGUCAAUAAUGAAGUUGAUUUAUUCUUUCAAUGUAUUUUAUUGCUUUUCCAUGGAUAUUAUUCAUUGAACCCUUCCCUUCCUCUUUUUCUAUCAGCAUUCAGCAUAUUUUACUAUGUAUCGUCACCCUCAAAAACAGCUUAGGCACCAAAUUAUGCUUUCCGUACUAACUAAAAAAUGUUCACAUCUGACACCAAGCAAUAUUACAAGAGAUUCUAGAGAUUUCUAAUGAUCCGUGUGUUACUUUUGUUGAUGCUGUUUUUUUUUUAAAAUCAAGCAUUGCUGAUUAUUAUAUGUACCUGCCUGUGGUUAUUUAGUUAUAUAGCUGCAUUAAAACCUUCUACCUUGUAUGCCAUUAAUAAUUGUAGCAUUACCUAGUAGAUUACAGGCAGAGAUUAUUAUUAAUUUUGACUUAAUCUGCGUAAACUUUCAAAUGCUGAUGAAUGUAAAUAUUCAUCAAGGAGCAUUGCUGUGAUUAACUUAUAUCUUCACUAUCAGAAAACAAAUAUGCUAAAUUGGUACCUUUAGGGGUACAACAGCCCUUGUCACUGGGGCAGUACUUUGUAUUACCCCUAAAAUAUGUAUAUUAGUACCUUAGAGUAGUAAUAUGUACCCUUAAGGUUUUCCUAGACCCUUUAGGCAAAAAUAAGGUACAAAGAUGCCCCUUUAAGGGUUUUACCCCACAGUGACAUGGUGUUGUACUCCUGAAGGUAAUUUUUUUGCAAUUGUAAACCUGUGCUGACCAAACGCAUUGAAUCAUUUUUAGCUGAAAUGAACUCUUUGCAUUGCACUCUUUAAUGGAGUAUACAGAUAUAUAUUAAUACUAAUACUAUAAUACUUAUAUCUAUUGAAGUGCAGAAGUGACCAGUAAGUUUUUUAUUUUUUGUUGUGUUAAUUUGUUUACAUGAUUGUGCAGUUGUACUGUGCAUUUACUUGUUUAAUUUUUGUUUAAAAUGUGUAUAUAUAUAUAUAUAUAUAUAUAUAUAUAUAUAUAUGUAGUUGCACUACAUUUUAACAUGGUAAAUCCCAUCUUUGUCAUUGUUGAUCAUUUUUGUAUGUUCCUUUGUAACAGUUCCUGAGUAUUUGUAUGUGUUAGGGGUUCUGACGGUUUACAAAAUUAUGACAACAGAUGUAAUAUAAUAAAAAAACUAAGGUAAAACUCAUUUGUAGGAUUUCCAAGCUAUAGCAGUGAUUCAGUGAGUAUAAUGUUAAGGUUAAUCAAAUGUUGAUGCUCUUUUUGGCUAAAUUCAUUUAUUAAUUUUAUGGAAAGCAACUUGCAGUGCAUAGAUUCAAGGUAUUCAUUUUUAUCACUUCAUGGAUUAGAUUUUGAGCUACAGCUCAAAUAAAACUGAAUGAGAAUGCCCUUCAAAAAUAAUGCUAGUACAAUCUGUUUUGUGAUGGUUGUCACGUAAUGCGUGAUUAUCAUUAUUUAUUACAUAUGGACUUUUUUUUUUGCUGUGACUCCUUUUAGAUCUGACUGGGUGUACUUUCUUUUCAGAGGACUAUGUUCAGAACAUUUUCAAAAGGUUAUAUGUUGAAAACACCAAAGAAAUUAUUUAAAUAAAUCAAUUUUAGAUUUGUA